AUGCCAGAAAUAGAAAAAGUGUUUAUUGAAGAAAGAAAAGUUGUCAAAGAUAAAGAUGGUAAUGAUGAAAAGGUUUUUUUUAUGGAAGAAAUUGAUGCCUUAGCACAGCAGAAUACUAGCCGAGUGAUAAAAAUACUUGCUAAUCCUAAUGAUUACUCUCUUGAAGAUAUUCUCAAAUUAGGAAAGAAAGAGUUAAAAGGAGUAUCUGAAGAGUUAAAAGAAAAAUUAUUUGAACUAGCACAACAAAAAAAUGAAGAAAUAAGAAAACAAAAAGAAAAUGAAUUUGUUGAGGAAUUAAGAAGGAAGUUCAAUAUAGAUGAGGAAGGGAAAUCUAACCAAAAAAAAGAGAAAGAAGAAGUUCCUCCCUUAGAAAAAGAUAGUGAUUCUCCAAUAAUAGGACAAUCGACUUAA